AUGAUAGAUCACUCGAAGAUUGAUUUGACCACUCACCAUAAAGAUACGAAAAAAAGCCUCGUUUGCUGCAUUGUCCAAAUCACAUUUAUUGAAAUUCUUGUCUUUAAUUGCUUUUAUUUGAAGCAACUUGAAUUACCGAAAGUUUGGUUGUCUAAAAUCGAGGUUUCAUCUCAGUCAACAUGGUCUUUUUAUCAUUACAAAAAGGUCAGCUAAGGCCUGGAAUGCGAUUGGCCAGAGGAAGUCAGCUGUCAUGGACUUAAUGCUGUUUUCUCGGAAACUGAAAUAAUAUCUCAGAUUUCGUAUGAGUGUUUUGACAGGGCUCGUCGCUUGAUUACGCGUCAGUCAACUACAAUCUUAGGUGAUCGUUAUGAAUCCUCUCUUUAAGAAUCUCAAGAAACAAUUUACUUGCUCGAUUUGUCUCAAUGCUUACACCGAGCCCAAAACUAUAUCAUGCCUUCACACAUUUUGCUGUAAAUGUUUAGAGACGCAUGCAAGAGUGAGCCAGAGACAAGGGAAAUUCCGAUGCCCCGAGUGUCAGACAGAAAUCGAUUUACCGCAAGGAAAUCGCUUCGACCUUUUGCCUAACAGUAUUUUUCACAAAAGUCUGUUAGGUGUCCUUGAAGCAGAAGAUCGCAAAGCCACUCCAAGGCAACAACAGGAGACUUGCUCGCAACAUACGGAAGAAAGACUACGAUAUUACUGCUCCUCGUGUGAGGCGUGUAUUUGUCCAAUUUGCGUCACUGAAGACCACCGAGGCCAUGCGUUUGACGUGCUUGAAAAAGCAGUGCAAGAGGAGAAGAAAAACAUCCUGUCAACUGUCCAGACCAUCAAGGAAAAGGCAAACUUGUUUCGAGCAGAGUUAAGUAAACUAGAGAAAACAUCAGAGGAUGUGGAAUUGUUUAUCGCAAUCGCUAAACAAGAAGUGUCGAAGGCAACUGAACACGUGAUCACAGUGACGCGACAACAAGAAAAACAGCUCUUAGAAUCCUUAGAAAUGACGCGUAGGAGGAGAAUAGAGCGAAUCAACUCGGCUAAACAAGAACUUAAAUCUCUGGUAAAACAGAUGAACCAAGCAGCUGAGUUUGCGGAGAAUCUGGUGCAGAGAAGAUCAGCUGCGGAUAUCAUUCAGAACAAAAACGAGUUGAAACUUGGAGAGCUUCGUGGAGUCGAAGUUCCAAAACAUCGCCAGGAUAUAUUUGUCAAAUUUACCGCUGCAUCGCAACACAACUUUAAACUGGGUUCUAUUCAAGUGUCUGAGAAGCCGGCAAUCGCAGCUAAAUCAACUCUGGAAGGACUGGGUCAAACUUUCCAGGUUGGUGUACAAGCAAAGUUGACGUUGUGCCCACGGACAUCUGGAGGAGAGAUGAGUAACUGCGCUGAUCUCAAAGAUCAAGUAGAAAUGCUGAUAAAGCCCGCCAAAGAUGUGACAAACGUGAUUGUUGAUGAGGAAUAUGACGGAAAGGUUGGGCUGAAGUUUACUCCCAAAGUACGUGGGGCCUGCAACAUUGAAGUGAGGAUUAAUGGCGAUAAACUACCGACUUGUCCCAUGACUGUGUGGGUAAAAGAAAGUGAACUUGUUGUGGCAGGUGAGCUGAAGUUAAAACUCUUUCCAGAGGACAAGCUUGAACGGUUAUAUGGAAUUGCUGUGAAUACAGAAGACCAGUUAGUUGUAACAGAUAACUUAGGCCACUGUGUUUAUGUUUUUGACAAAACUGGCAACCGUUUGAGAAAAACUGGUGGCGAGGGUAGCCAUACAGGACAAUUAAAGUUCCCUAAGAGCAUUUCGUUUUUAAAUGACAACGAAGUCCUAAUUGCAGACUCAAGCAAUUGCAGAAUACAACGACUUAAUAUUCAGACAGGAACUGCAGUGAAAAGUUUUGGAAAAAAAGGCAGAGAAAAAGGAGAAUUUGAUAGGCCAAUAGACGUUACUGUGGAUGAUGAAGAGCGCAUUGUUGUAACUGAGUGGGGCAAUGGUAGGAUACAGGUGAUGUCAAAGGAUGGAGUGUCUAUUUUUACAUUUGGAGACAAAGGCCCAGAGAAACUCUGUAGGCCAACCUGCUGCAUUCCUUACAAAAACAUGUUUCUCGUAACUGACGCAGGGAACCACUGUAUAAAAGCUUUUGAUCAGUCAGGAACAUUCUUAUACAAGUUUGGCAAAGAAGGGAAUCAAGAUGGACAAUUUAACCUGCCGCGUGGUUUGCUUGUAGACAGCUCCAAUAAUCUUCUAGUAUGUGACUUUGGCAAUAACCGAGUUCAACAGUUUGCUUUAGACGGUCGCUUCACCGGCAAAAGUAUCACUCAUUUAUCUUAUCCUGUGGCGAUAACAAAAGCACAAGACGGGCGUAUUCUUGUUACUAGCAAUGAUGAGAAAAAAGUGUAUAUUUUGAAAUAG